CACCCAGGAAGGCAGGGGGCUCCCUUUAUCCAAGGAGGUGACUGUGCAGGUGGCCACCACAGGUGGCAAGAACCACAGGCUGGGGCACUCCGGAGUCAGGAGUGAGUGGGCAGGUUGACUGGCCUCAGGCAGCCUCUCAGCCAGGGCCCUCUCCGCGUCAGCAUGAACUCCAGGACCGCAUCUGCUAGGGGCUGGUUCAGCAGCCACCCACCCACCUCUGAGUCUGACCUGGAACCUGCCACAGAUGGGCCAGCCUCCGAGACCACUACCCUCAGCCCAGAGGCCACCACCUUUAAUGACACCAGAAUCCCUGAUGCGGCUGGUGGCACGGCCGGCGUGGGUACCAUGCUUCUGUCCUUUGGGAUCAUCACGGUGAUAGGCCUGGCUGUGGCCAUGGUUUUGUACAUCAGGAAGAAGAAGAGGCUGGAGAAGCUACGCCACCAGCUCAUGCCCAUGUACAACUUCGACCCCAUGGAGGAACAAGAUGAGUUGGAGCAGGAGCUGCUGGAACAUGGGCGGGACGCCGCCUCUGUGCAGGCUGCCACUUCUGUGCAGGCCAUGCAGGGCAAGACUACUCUGCCCUCCCAGGGCCCACUGCAGAGGCCCAGCCGGCUGGUGUUUACCGAUGUGGCCAAUGCCAUCCAUGCGUGAGUGGCCUGGGACAAGCCUGAACUUCUGAUAGAGACCCGCCAUGGUGCCCACAGAGCUCCCCACUCCCUGAUUGUCAAGACCUACUCUGAGGACCUGCCCUGCCAAGACACGAGAGGGCCCUGCCAGGCCCCAGCUGUUCUCCAGACCCACCUGCUGACUCUACGCUCUAAGAGAGGGCCCUGGCCAGGCUGGACUUCUGACCACUGACUUCUCCUGACCUGAGGGCCCUGGCACAAAGGGCAUCCCUCAUGCUGAGAAGGUCAAGAGCCUCUGCUGGCUUCCUCAUCCCCUGUCCAGAUUGCUCACAUUAGGGUCUGCCCCACUAAUGUGGAGGAAAUCGGGGGAGAUAACAGAGUGGGAGGAAUUGGGGGAGGAAAGGGGAAGUUUCCCUCUGUUAGGGAAAGACCUGUUUUUUGGAAUCUGGAGCCUCCUCUGGGGUGGGGAGAGGAAACCACCCAAGUUAUAGGGACAGGGUAGGGCAGCACCUGUUAUGGGCCCUGAGAAGCCCAGAGAUGGAGCUGAAACUGCCCAGUAUGCAAGGAUGCCAGGAGAAGGACAGUUUACACCCAGGGUCCAUCUGUACUACAGAGGGUCCAGGAGGUCUCCCAACCACCCAUCCUUGGCAACCAGAUGUUACUGGGGCCAAGCUAGGAUGGGAGCUAAGGGGGAAGGAAGUAGGGGAACAGAAGUGGAAGGAUGCAGCCCCCGCAGACCUGCCGAGAGGCCUCAUGUAUGUGCAUGAGUGUGCCCGUGGGCAGACAUGUGCCUGUCCCAGCACAGAGGGCAGGAUGAGAUUGUCCACAUUGGCCCCACCCUCCAAGUCGACCUGUACCCCAUGGUAUGUAGCGGAGCAUCAGGGUAGGCUAUCUUCUCUGCCUUCAGUCUUCAGGGACUGCAGGGAAGAGGGAAGCAUGCGUGGCAGGGCUUCUCUCUCCACUGCAUUGCUUCACUAGGCUCACCUGCUUCUGAAAGCGGCUCCCUGUCUUGGGCUCUACUGAGGAUCUGGGGUUGGGAGAGGCUGUUGGUCUGAGGGCAGUAAUCACAGGCUGCAGGCUAGAGGGGGCAGUUACGACUGCCUGAAAUCGAGUGAGGGAUUGCACCUCAGAAAAAGAUCUAAAAAAGCUAGUCUAUGAAUUUCCCACCUCCAUCCCAUCUAUGGGAAGAGCCAUUCAGUGUUUAGAGAGUGGGGAGAUGGAUCCCUGCACUUGGCCUCUCCAGAAGCCUUGGAGGGUCAGGGCUGAUGCCAGGGGUCCUGGCAAGGCGUUGGGCAGAGACAGACCCCAAGAGCGGGGCAUCUUUUUAUGCUGGGCAUACGUAUACACACAAGCGUGCACAGAGGCAUGUCCCGUGCCCAGCCUCUCCACCAUCACUGUCCGCCGCUGGUUGGAGGGGAUGCAGGGGUAGUGUGUGCAGACCUUCCAUUGGGCAAAUGCCACGUGUCAGGAGGGAAGGGCCUAGGAAGCCCCCAUGAGGAAGGUUCUGGAUUUAUUCCCUCCUCUAAAUGCUAUAAAUAUGUUAGCACUUGAGCCGACUGGAGGCUGCCAGGAAUUCAGGAUGCAUACAGCUGUAAUUUAACCCAGAGCAGCUCCAUGUGAGGGCAUUAAAGAUGUAAUGAAGAUGUUUACAUGGA